AUGGCAGCAUACUCAUGUGAUCAUCAAGCUAAGGGACCUUCUUCUCGACGUCCAAUGGGCUUUCGUUUUCACCCUACGAACAAAGAACUAUUGAAGUAUCUGUCAGGGUUUGUACGUGACAAGCCACUUCCCGAGCAGUAUCAACUCAUGCAGCAGGUUGAUCUUUACGCCAACAAGGAGCCAUGGCAGAUUUUUGAUGAGGGCACUAACAACAACACUCGUUACUUGAUCACUCCGCAAAAGAAAGAGAAACCUGAGUGGAAAAGAUUUUCACGAACAGUGGGGAAGGGAACAUGGAAGCCACAAGGCAAAGGGAAAGAAGUGUUUGAUGAUAAAGGGAGACUCAUGGGAUAUGUCAAGAGUUUGAAGUACAUCCAUCGGGCUAACAAAUCGUCGAACAACGCUAACGGCGAGUGGUUGAUGACUGAGUACUCUCUUUAUAAUGGAUAUCUGGAUGCUAAGGAAAGUAAGAAAAAGGGUUACGUAAUUUGUAAGAUCAAGAAGAAGGAAAAAUCCGGUGAUAAGAAAAAAGGAAACAAUAAUAACGAUGCAAAUAUGAAAGACAUAGACGAAUACAUCGAUUCCGUUCUGCAAGAAGAAGUUGAAGAAGACAUUAAUGCAAGAACAUCGAAUGAUGAUAUAGGACUAGCUGCACAAGAUGAUUAUCAGGAGAACAAUAUCGAAUACCUAGAGGGAGACCAAGUUGAAGACCAUGUACUUGCUCUGUUAGAUGAUAUUGAUCUAGAGGCUCUCGACUUUGUGUAG